AUGUCAAAUCCACAGUCACCACUUGCGAUUGCGUCACUCCUUCGUCGGCACAAACUUCUGAAACAAAGACAGGGACUCUUUCAAUCUCGUCAUGUUGAUUUUUUUCGUUACAAGAGGUUCGUUCGUGCGCUGAACUCGCCUGAGUACAAAAGCAAGUCCAGUAAGCAGCCUGAUCUGUACCCACCUAUUGAAAAUGAAGAAGACUCCAGAAACAUUUUCAUAUCCCUUAUUAAAGCGCAAUUAGUGGUUCCAUGUUCAAAAUUACACAGCGGCGAAUGCAAAGAACAUGGCUUGAAACCCCACAAGGAUUAUCCAAAUUUACUGCUUUCUAAUAAAGCUGAACUUCAACCCGAUGAAUACUAUGUGUGGAAUUAUAAUCCCAAGACUUUCACUGAUUAUUUGAUUGUGAUUGGUAUAGUGGUAGGAAUUCUCGGUUUCGUAUGUUAUCCACUAUGGCCACACUCAAUGAGACGCAUUGUUUAUUACCUCUCCUUGGGCAUGCUAGGUCUCAUUGGGGUAUUCUUUUCAAUAGCUAUCUUGAGAUGUGUGAUCUACCUACUUUCAUUGGCAUUCGUUAGCGAAAAAGGCGGAUUCUGGAUUUUCCCUAACUUGUUUGAAGACUGCGGAGUAUUUGAAAGUUUCAAGCCGUUCUACGGAUACGGGGAGACUGAAUGCUACAGUUACAUCAAGAAGCAAAAGAGAAGAAAGAGAAAGCUCGACAAAAAGAAGAAAUAA